GCGUUUGCCGUGAAAGCCUUGCCCCUUUUCAACCACAAUGGAGUCUAGAGAGAUUUACUCCCAUACUACUAAUUCUUACCUUUAAAUUAAUUUGGGUUAUAAUCAGCCUAUAUUUCCCGUUCAUUGCCAACAGUGAUUUGACAUAUUUGUGGCUCAAUUGCGGCAAAGAUUGCAGCUUCUAAAAGCAUAUAUUUGGUCUUAGCUGGCUUCAAUCAGGAAACUGUUUCAGGCUAUGUAGCACUAAUCUCAUUUUGUCAUUCAAACGCUGCAUUUUUGUUUGGUGAAAAACGACCAACCAAAUUAAGGCAUGACUGAGUAUAAGCUUGUUGUGGUGGGUGCUGGAGGGGUUGGGAAGAGUGCCCUAACUAUCCAGCUCAUCCAGAAUCACUUUGUGGAUGAAUAUGACCCCACCAUCGAGGACUCGUACAGGAAGCAGGUGGUGAUUGACGGAGAGACGUGUCUGCUGGACAUCCUUGACACAGCUGGUCAGGAGGAGUACAGCGCCAUGAGGGACCAGUACAUGAGGACAGGGGAAGGCUUCCUCUGUGUGUUCGCCAUCAACAACAUCAAGUCCUUUGAGGACGUUCACCUGUACAGAGAACAGAUCAACAGGGUGAAGGACAGUGACAGUGUGCCUAUGGUGCUGGUGGGGAACAAGAGUGACCUGGGGAGUCGGAGCGUGGAGAGCAGGCAGGCCCAGGAGCUGGCCCGCGGCUAUGGUGUGCCCUUCGUGGAGACCUCUGCCAAAACCAGACAGGGAGUGGAGGAGGCGUUCUACUCUCUAGUCAGGGAGAUCAGGAGGUAUAAGGAAACCAACCGCAGCAACAAGAAGAGCAAGAAAAGCACUCAGAGACGUUGCACCAUUCUAUAACAUCACACACACUGCACAUAGCCCAAUAACCCCCUCACACACUGCACUUCCUUUACCACAUGGGAGACGUUACCUCUCGUAUUGACAGGGGAUCUGGAAUGGUGAACGCGUCAAGUUCCACUUUCUGUCAUUAGUGUCGUUACCGUAGUAACGGAAACUUCACUUCCUGUUGUUUCUCAUUGGCUGCUCCAUUGGUAUUGUGACUUCAGUUUAUCCACGUUGUUUUCUGACAAUUGUAACUAGAAGUUGUAGCGUUGAAGAGGGGAUUUAUAGACUGGGGUUAAACCCGCCAUCUUCGGUUGGUUUAAAUACGAAUGUCACUUUACUGUCCCUAGUGGUAAAUAUCUGAGGGGAGUAAUUAAUUAAUGGCGCAAGUUGCAUAGCUACACAUUCCAAAGGAUCAUCUUGUUUAUUUUUUCACCAUGAGGGGAAAAAAUAGAUUUUUGGUCUUUGCCAACCUGUUCUACAUUGCAAGAAGCCAGUGUAGGCUAGCUUUUCUUGCAUUCCAAGGUAGUUUUCUCUUCAGUAUUAACACACAAGUGGCUAUCCCUGUUAUUGCUUUUUAAAUGCCUCAGCAGGGUUGUAAUAGAGAAGGUAUUUUGGUCCUCACUAGCCUCACUCUCAUUUCCUGUAUUUAAAAAAAAUCCAAUCACAGUGAACUCACAACUCACUAUUGUGUCAUUAGGCAGCGUUUACAUGGGCAGCUCAAUUGGGAUUUUUUUUAAUUUUAAUUAUUGGCAAAAGAGCUGAUCUGAUUGGUCAAAAGACCAGUUAGUGGGGAAAAUAUCAGAAUUAGGCUGCCUGUGUGAACACAGCCUUAUACUGUUGCCAUUUCUAUAGGAUCAUGUCCAAUUAUUUAGGCUAGCUGUUCAGUGUCCUACUAGCUUGAGGUCCAUUUAUAAAGUAAAGUUGUGCACAUGAACAUGUCUAUUGUGAAUUCUGAUCGCCAGACUCCAUUUUGAUGUCCGUCAUAUGGAAUUAUUUCAGAUACAAUUUCUGGAUGUGUUCCAAUGUCCAUGCUAGCAUACUCCUUAGUGCAUGCCCAAUAGUUUCAUGCUAAGUGGCAUGGUGGUUUAGUGGUCAAGAAUUUGAGCUGAAUGAUCUCAAAACUCAAUCGGCCUUUGCAAAUGAGUAAUGUGUAAUUUGCUAAUAUCUCUAGCUUUACAUACUUAAUAGCUGAAGCCAGGGACUUUUCCCCAAGAGGUUGAAAUAGAACGUGUCAGAGAAAACGUGAUUCUCUUAUGCGGAGAGCGAAACAGCGUUCAUUCUAUACGAUGUAUUUCAAUCUGCAACAUUUUAAUUAUUUCAGUCCACAGGUAUCUGAAGUGUUAGACAAGAGAAUCGGGGGACAAAAACAGGUAUUUACACACUGAAAGGUGUCAGACCAACACUUUGAGGGAAAACAUGCUGUUUUAUUGGUUGGAAUUAUGCUAAAUGUGGUCAUUGGACACUUUUCUAGUCUCAUCCCAAAUGACUGAUGUAAUAUGUGGGCUGAGGUGAACCCACAAUGACCCUGGUGUUGCCAGCAGGAUGAGCUCAACCUCUGGAAGAAUCCCCCUAAAGAUUCACUAGUUACUGAGUGUAACCUAUAGGUGUCUGGUACUGUUACAUUGCCCAGGCCGGUGCAGCAAUACCAAUGUUCUAAUGGUGUUACUCAACUCUCAGGGACUGUAGUCUCGCAUGCCCUCAGCCCCCUGUUGCACAUAUUUGAUAUAGCCCAGCACUAACACACUUGACGCAACUUCUCAAGAGCUUGUUGAUCGUUGCAGCAGGUGUGCUACUGUAGUGCUGGACUAAAGUAAACAAUUGUGCAACCCUUAGGGUCCUCAAACUCAACUCUGGACCUCGAAGCCGGUUCUACUGCAAUUUUCCAUUGUUGCCCUCUAAUCAGGGACUGAUUUAGACCUGGGACACUAGGUGGGUGCAACUAAUUCAGGUAGAACAGAAAACCAGCAGGCUCUGGACCUCGUGGGGUAACAGUUGAGUACCCCCUGCCCAGGAGUUGAGCAACACUGCUAGAAUACGUUCCACUUUGAGAGACUAGACGGCAUACCGCCAGUUUACUGAGUUGUACCACUCCUUCAUACCCCUGGUCUAGUCACUUUAAGGUUGUUUCAUGAAUAAAGUGGCUUUUGGCUA